GCAUGAUGGUUAGUGUACCGGCGCUAGCUGCUGCUGGGUGCUGGCUUGUUUACCUCCGGGUUCCUGCAGAGUCCUUGUGAUGAGAGGACAACGACCGGCCGCCCUGCCUCACCUGACAGCUCUCCUGGCGGGAAGCGAGUCCUGAUGCCAUGGCGUCCAGCCGCAGCUCCGCCCACAUGCCUCGUCCCGGCAGCGGGGGCGCCGACCGACUCUACCACAAGGAGCGGGACGGCUCUCCGCCGCGGUACCGGGCCGUCCACUCACUUCCCGACGUCUGUCCCAAGGAGCCCACCGGUGAGGGGCGGGGCCUGUGCAAUGGGCCGUCGUUGGUGUCGGAGCACGACCGGUGGACGGUGUUGAGCUCCAAGGUGAACCUCCCCGCGGCGCUGAACGACCCGCGGCUCGCCAAGCGCGAGUCGGACUUCUUCACCAAGACGUGGGGCCUGGACUUCACCGAGAGCGAGGUGAUGCCCUCCUUCCAGCUGCCCCCCAUCAGCAGGGACCACUUCAGCCCCUACCUGCAGGAGACGGCGCAGAGGGAGAGAGUCCACGAACGCUGCAAGACCAUCUGUCCCAACAAAGACAAUGUGGACGCCGUCUCCAGUAUCACCACCAACCACGAGAAAUCCCGUGCUGAGCUGGAUCAAGUCCCCAAGAUCUUCAUGAAGCCGGACUUCGCUCUGGAGGACCCGGCCACCUUCAACACGGUUCUGCCCUGGUCCCACUUCAACAGCAGUGGAGGGAGGAGCAGCCGGGAUGUGGCCUCGUCCAGACUGCUGCAGGAGAAGCUCAGUCACUACCUGGACAUCGUGGAGGUGAGCAUCGCCCGGCAGAUCUCCCUGCGCUCCGAGGCCUUCUUCCAUGCCAUGUCGUCGCAGCACGAGCUGCAGGACCGGCUGCAAGAGACGCAGCGGGCGGUGUCCAACCUGCGGCUCCGCACGGCGGCCAUGGACCGGGUCAUGUGCCGGGGGCCGCUGCGGGCGCUGCGCACCGCCCUCAACCGCAACAACUGCGUGAAGCUGCACAACAAGCUGAAGCUGAUGGCGGCGGUGCAUCAGACGCAGCCCACCGUGCAGCUGCUGCUCUCCACCGCCGAGUUCGUGGGAGCGCUGGAGCUGAUCGCCACCACCAAGGAGGUGCUGCAGCAGGAGCUGCAGGGGGUGCACAGCUUCAGACAUCUGGGCUCGCAGCUGUGUGAGCUGGAGAAGCUGAUCGAUAAGAUGAUGGUGGAGGACUUCAGUAUGUACGCCCGCAGCGACCUGAACCGCAGCCUGAAGGACGAGCCGCUGGUCCUGGAGAAGGAUCGUCUGGAGUCCUUGGUGUUCGGGCUGCUGCGGCAGAGGAAGCUGGACUUUCUGGACAUUUACGGAGAUGAAAUGAUGCUGGCUGCUAAGGCGACGGUGGCUCAGUGUGUGGCUGAAACGGUUGUGCACAUCGAAGAUAUUGACACCGAAGCCAUUACUAAGCUGGCCGAUCAGAUGCGUCUGAUGACCUUCCCUCAGUGGUUUGAGCUGCUCAGGACCAUCUUCCAGAGCUUCCUGCUCUUCCUGCAGAGGAUCAAGGCCACCCUGAACGCCAUCAGGAACGUGGUUCUACAGGUUCUGGACUCUCAGAAGAGAGGCCGUCUGCUGGAUGAACCUGCCUCGGGGGUCUCCGAGUUCCUUCAGGAUCACACGGUCCUGCGGGGAGACGCCGAGCUGGCCUACCUGACCCACGAGGGUCUGUUCAUCAGUGACGCUCUGACCGAGGCCCGGCAGGACCGAGAACCGGGCUCUACCGCCCAGCAGGACCGGGAACCGGGCUCUACCGAGGUCUGCAGGGCCCUGCAGGGGAGCCCUGCCUCCACAGACAGGCCAGGCAGCAGGGAGCCCAGCAGCUGCAUGUCCAGUGACCACAUGAUGCCCUCUGAGCUGGAGCUGAACCGUGUCCUCAACAACCUCCAGGAGCUCCUGUCCUCGUCUUCAGACAUCAGCCAUGACCGCUGCGUCAAAGUCCUGACGGCCCGAGCCAAGGACGGCUCUCUGGAGCGCCUCAGCUCAGCAGACUUCGUGAGUCUGUCCCAGGCGGUGGAGGCCUUUGUCAGGGACACGGAGGAGCUGUGUGGCCGGAGGAGCGUCUCCCUGAGGGGGGCGCUGCAGAGCCAGGCCAACCGCUUCGUCCAUCGUUUCCACGAAGAGCGCAAGACCAAGCUGAGCCUCCUCCUGGAUAACGAGCGCUGGAAGCAGGCGGAGGUUCCUGCUGAGCUCCACCGUCUGGUCGACUCCAUCGCUGAUGGCAGAAUAACACUACCGGAGCGCCAGAGCCCAGCUCCAGAGGACAGGAAACCGUCGGAGUACCUGCUGGUGAACGGGGAGAAGUUUGCCGUUGUUGGGACAGUUCUGCUGCUGAUUCGGAUGAUUCUGGAAUACUGUCAGUGUGUGAACGACAUCCCCUCAAUCGCCACCGAUAUGCUGACUCGCCUGUGUGACCUCCUCAAGCACUUCAACUCUCGGAGCUGUCAGCUGGUUCUGGGAGCCGGAGCUCUGCAGGUGGUCGGCCUCAAAACCAUCACCACCAAGAACCUGGCACUAGCAUCCCGCUGCCUGCAGCUGGUGGUUUACUACAUUCCCAUCAUCAGAGCUCACUUUGAGACCAAGCUGCAGCCCAAACAGCACAACGUGCUCAGACACUUCGACUACAUCACCAAGGACUACAACGAUCACAUUGCAGAGAUCUCUGCUAAGCUGGUGGCCAUCAUGGACAGCCUGUUUGAGAAAGUGCUGUCCAAGUAUGAAGUGAAGGCUCCGAUGCCAUCAGCCUGCUUCAGAAAUGUCUGCAAGCAGAUGGCGAAGAUGCACGAAGCCAUCAGUGACCUUGUUCCUGAGGAGCAGACAAAGAUGUUGUUCCUGAGGAUCAACGCCAGCUUCAAACUGCACUUGAAGCGGCAGCUGGCUCGACUGGGGGUGGUGAAUGACGGAGGACCGCAGCACGGACUGGUGGUGGUGGACGUGGCCUUUUACACAGAGAACCUCCAGGCCCUGAGGAUCCUGGAGCAGCUGGACCUGAACAUGGCUGAGAUCUGGGAGCAGAAGAGGUGAUGGAGGACCUGACCGGACCCUCUGAAGGGGGGUGGCGGCUGACCCGCCUGGUCCACGGUGGCCUGAGAAAGGGGACCAAACUACCAGACCAGUGUGGAGCUGCCAGAGCUCCAGACCCGGGGCCCUCCGGACCCGGCGACGGGCGGGCUGUGCACUGGGGGGCUGAUUUCAUUUGUGGGUGUGGUGGACUUGUUUUAAUCGGCAGACGGAGGAAGGGUUCUCUCUCUUGUGAUCGUCUGCUGCUGUUUUUUAUUCAGACUGGAAACUUCUCCGGCUGGUGGAGUCGCUUCAUCUCCGGUGGUCUCACUGAGCCGCCGCUUCACUGAUGUCAAUACAGAGAGUGCUGAAUGGGAAGAACACUACUGACUCCUCUGUUUAUUCUCCCUCACACACACACACACACUCUCACACU